AUGAGCCUUUUACACAUCCACCUGUGUUUGACACCCUUGCUAUUAUGGGUCAUUCAGAAGUCUGGUGCGUUUGUGCUGUCUAAUGUCACCGACCUGACGGUGAACCCAACAGCCGAGGUCAACCCUGAGGGGAGAACGUUUUUCUCGGCCCCCGGGACUCCCCGCAGUAGACGCAAGCGGCAGAUCUCUCCGAGAGACCGCAACGUGAUUCUGGAUUAUCACAACAGGGUUCGCUCGCAGGUCUUCCCUCCUGCCGCUAACAUGGAGUAUAUGCUCUGGGAUGACAGACUAGCAAAAUCUGCUGAAGCAUGGGCAGCAUAUUGUAUAUGGGACCAUGGACCACCAAGCUUGAUGAGAUAUGUUGGUCAAAAUAUGUCUAUUCAAUCAGGCCGCUAUCGGUCAAUUUUAGAUCUUGUAAGAUCAUGGUAUGAAGAAGGGCGCUAUUACUCCUUUCCUUAUCCAAGAGAAUGCAUUCUACGAUGCCCCAAUAAAUGCAGUGGAGCAGUUUGCUCCCACUAUACUCAGAUGGUCUGGGCAACAUCAAACAGAAUAGGAUGUGCUGUCCACACCUGCAAUAACAUGAAAGUCUGGGGUUCUUUAUGGCCCCGCACUACAUUCUUAGUGUGCAACUAUUCAAUAAAGGGAAACUGGAUUGGAGAAGCUCCAUAUAAAACUGGGAAACCGUGUUCAGCUUGCCCACCCAGCUACGGAGGCUCCUGUAGUAACAAUCUUUGUAUUCCAGGAAUCAUGUCAAAUAGGUUGUUCCCAUUCAAGUAA